AUGUUGGAUUACUUGCUGGCGGCCAACCAAAGAAGUAAACGCUAUGAAAAAUUGGGUUUCAUCGGAGAGGGUACUUUUGGUAGAGUGUAUAAGGCAAGAGAUCUAAUUACUAAUCAAAUUGUAGCAAUUAAGAAAAUCAAGCUUGGGGUUCUCUCAUCGGACUCGAUACGAGGUGCUGAUGAAGGAGUCUCAUUUUCUGCCAUUCGUGAAGUUAAAUCACUCCAAGAAAUCAAACACAACAACAUUUUGAAUUUAUUGGAUGUAUUUGUAAACAAGAAGAAUAUUAAUCUUGUUUUUGAAUUUUGCGGUCUUGGAGAUUUGGAACAAGUUAUCAAAGAAAGUAGCAUAAUUCUGCAAGAAAGUGACAUCAAACAGUACAUGAAAAUGAUUUUGGAAGCUGUUGAUCAUUGUCAUAGCCAUUGGGUUCUGCAUCGUGACUUGAAACCAUCAAAUUUGUUAUUAUGGAAAAACGAACAAACCAACGAAGUGGAACUGAAACUAGCUGACUUUGGUCUUGCAAAAAUUUAUGGAUCUCCUGACAAGAGGUACUCUCCACAGUGUGUGACAAGAUGGUAUCGAGCUCCAGAGCUUUUAUUUGGAGCAGAGCUCUAUGGACCAAGUGUUGAUCUUUGGAGUGUUGGCUGUAUAUUUGCAGAAUUGAUGCUUCGUGUUCCUUUAUUUCCAGGUGACUCUGAUAUAGAUCAAAUUGGUAAAAUAUUUGCAUGUUUAGGAACACCUUCAGAAGAAGAAUGGCCCGGAAUGUCACUUCUUCCAAACUACAUUGAAUUUGAACCAUUCCCAAAAACAGAUUUUUCAGCACUUUUCACUGCAGCUAGUAGAGAUGCCAUCGAUUUGAUAAGCAAAUUAUUAGUAUUUGAUCCUAAUAAGAGAAUUACAGCACAACAAGCUCUCAAUCAUCCGUAUUUCACAAGAGGCGUUCAACCAACAGUCAAAACACAUAUUCCAGUUCCUAAACGAAAACAUGCAGCAGACUCGUAUCAGCAUCUCUCAAUGAAUCACGACGAUCAAGAGAAGAGAGAUUUUGAAUCUCAUGCCAAAAUGUAUGGCGAUGAAUUGAUGCGUCCUCCAGCUAAUCCCAAUAUUAUUGGAAAAGUGUUAAACUUUGAUGAUAGUCCUGCAAAUACAAGUGGCCUCUCCUCUUAUUCUGUGAUGAGUCUUGUCGGACCAAAUAGUCUAAUGAGAGGAAGAGACUCCUUUGGAAGUGUGAACAACAGUAGCAUGUUGUCAAAUGAUGAAGUGAUGGGAGAAGCCACCUCAACUCCCCAAGCUCACAACAAGAUUUUGAUAUCUCCGGCUUCCAAUUUGUCAAACCUCUCGAAUUCUACACAAAAACGAAGUUUUAAUGAAUCUGGAAUUGCCACUCCUGUAGCUUUACAUAUCGGAGACGAAGUUGAGUCGAAUGAGAAAAGAGGAGUAGGUUUGUUUGACGAUGAGGAAGUUGCAGAUACCGCAAAUGGUGAGGGUGAAGAUGAGCGUUCUGUAAGAAGAAAGCUUGACUUGUAA